AUGACCAGCAGGGAAAUCGUCCAUGAUAAGAUCCACUUCAGACACGACCCCAAGUGGAGCCGCAGCCUGGUGACCUCAGAGAGCGGGGGGCUGCUGGUCUGCGUGGCCUGUGUCAUGGAGAUGAUCGAGAGUGACGACAUGGCAUCAGUGAGGAAGUCCUUCGCCCUGUCUGGUAUCACUGAGGUGCUGAAGUGUUCUCCAGGGGCCAUGAGGGAGCUGCUGCAGCAGGACCAGCGAGUCCUGAUGCGUUUCACAGCCUCACUAAUGGGGAUGCUUCACACCGUGGAGGACGUCAGCGCCCUGGAGAAGGUUCAGCAAGUGCUGGUUCAGCUGCUUUUAGAGCUCCAGAGCGAGGUGUCAUUUCGCUUUGUUUUGGACGAGAUCGACAAACAGCUAAGUGACCAGCACAGCCUGAAAGGUUUCCAGCCCACAUUCAACCUCUUGGGGACUCUGGUGGAAGCCGGCCGCAACGUGGCCAAUAUUCUGGUGACUCAGUACGGGUCCUUGCUGGGGAACUUGUGCUCAGCUUUGCUUUAUCCAGAUGAAGGCCUGAAGGCUUCGGUCCUGUAUGUGUGGCUCAAGCUGUUUAGGGGAUCCGCAGCCCAGUCGUUGCCCGUUGCCAUCAGAGACAGGUUGUGUGUCCUACUGUUGCAGACCCUGACCAAUGCCGGCUCCCCUCAGCUCAUCAGAAGUUGUGUUGGCCUGCUGUGGCUGCUGGUGCAGCUUGCAGAGGCUGUGUCGGUUCUGAUGAACUGCACUGAUAGUCAGAUCAUGUGCCAUGAGAACCAAAGCAUCCACACCGACAACAGCCAGAUCCUCAGCCAAAACCAAGAGCAACAAUCUCUUGACUGCUGCCAUUUGCCUCUCAUACUGAAACAGCUGCUGCUUAGUGGGGAUGAGAUGUUGCAGGUGACCAGUUCCAAGUGUAUUGCCGCUGUGCUGGUUCAUUCUCCCAGUCAGUACAGUGCCCCCUUCAUCCAGGCGGACAUACCUGAGUUUCUCUUCGACCGUCUGGCCAGUACUAACAGUGAGAUGCUGCUGUGGUCAGUCUACAGCUGUUUGGUGUUACUGACCGAGGACCCGCUGUUCUUCUCCCAGUGUCACUCUGUCUAUGGUAUUGAAUCCCUGGUGCGCAGUCUGAAGGAGGCUCAGCGGCUGUCCAACCUGGAGGUGCAGAAACAAGGUCUGCUGCUCCUGACUGAGAUACUGGAGAGGCAGCCCCUGAGUGUGCGUCUGUUCCCCAGCGGUCCAGGGUUCGUGGCGGCUUCAGAGGCCGUGGCAGCCGGAGUCUCCUCCUCCUCCCUGCUGGUUGCCACACAGGGAGUCAGCGCUGCCUCCGCCCUCUUCAGACUGAACCAUCAGGCCAGACCAGUACAGUACAGUGAGGUGGGAAGACUGGUGGAGGCCAUCACAGACAGAUUCUCUGAGCUGUCCCCACUUUCCUCCACUCAGCGGAGAAGCUCUGGGAUUGUGAGGCGGUCAAGCCUCAGCAGCCAGGCUUCCAGGUCCGAGGGAUUUCUGCUCCAGGCCCUGGUUUGUUUUCAGGCUGCAUGCAGGUUGGCUGAGGAGUGUGCCUCAGACCCUGCUCUGAAGGAGAACGCCUUCACUGCCCCGUCCAGACAAGGCUCCUCUCAGGAUUCACUGGAGUCUCUGUGUCGCACUCUGCUUCACUGCUGUGACUCCAUCUGGAUUCCCACCGUCACUAGGAUGUACGAGCACGCACCCAACGCUCAGAUACUGCAGUACUUCUACUCCAUCCUGUCCUCCCAGUUCACCCUCCUCCCGCCCCUGAUGCCUGACUUUGCAAAUAAGCUAGCAUCCUCUGGUUUCUUCAGGCUGGCUCUUGAACACAAAGGCCUGCUCUGUGCGGGAAACAGGAACCCAGAUCUGAAUGCGUCUUGCUGUGGUUUUCUACAGAAACUCAGUAUGUGUCUACUUUCCCAGUCAGACCCUGCUUCUGGCUCUUACCAGACUGAUGUUGAGGAGGUGGAGAACCUUCUGCUGUACAACCUUCCCUCUGUGUGUUGGCGUCUGUGCGACUGGCCCUCUCUGCUGUGCGAGGCCCCAGGACUCCAGCUGUCUGAACACAAAGGGCCGAGGGCCACUCAGUACUGUGUGGUGAUCAUGCUGCACCUUGCCUUGCAGCAGGGAGACAGGCUCCUCCCAGACCAGACAGUGUUCUCCAGCGUGUUGUGGCUGUUGCAGUCGGUGCAGGAGCAGGGCAGCUGCGUCCUGCCUCGCUCGGUGCUCCGCUCUGCCCUCUACCUGCUGGCGGUGACACAGGACAAGAGCCCCGGCCUGGACAGGGCUCCUCUGAGCUGCAUCAGCAAAGCGCUGUCGUCGUGCCAGAGCUUCUCAUCCCUCUACAUUCACCAUCCCGCACUCCUCCACUUCAUCUGUCGCUAUCCGGAGCUGGCCGAGAAAUUUGGGGCCUUGGUCCUGGAACUUUGGUUGACCAAGCAAACACUGGAGGCGGAUGCCAGGACGUCCAUGGCAGGUGAAGAAGGUGAUGCAGGAGAAAGGCCGGAACAGAAGCCAGACAUAGAAACCGUGGAGCUUCUGACUUUGAAGUACCCGACUGUCGUUCUGACCCUUCUGGACAUGCUGUGCACCAGGGAGCCCCCCCUGGCAGAGCGAGCCCUCGGGGUGCUACAAGUGCUUUUGGGUGGUCGACGAGACUACGAGGUUGAUCUGUGUGCCAAACCCAGGCUCCUGCAGGCCCUACAGAGGUUCAGUGUGGAGGUUCAGGGUCAUGGGCUCGGGCAGGGACACACCACACAAGCAGUGAACUCGCUCCCUCUGGUGCUGAAGCUGCUUUCUGUGAUGCAGGCCAGUGACUCGUCUUCAUCCUCCUCCUACAGAAAGACGGACGCAUUGCACUUCAAGCUGCUCUACCAUGUGAGUAAUAUCGCAGGAAAGUUGACACCGACCAACGUGGAGAGCCUGCUGCCUGCGUUCAGCUACCUGUACUGCUGCCUGAGCCUGUGUCCUGCACACUGCGGUGACAGAGCUGUCUCCAUGCUGCUCUCCAACAGUGGACUGAUGGACCAGCUGCAGACAGUCCUCUCCUCCUCCUCUGCUCCAUCCCUCUCUCCAUCAGCCUGUCCUCCUUCCUCCCUGCUGUGCUGCAGCCAGCUCCUCCUGUCCUCCCUCAUUACCUUGCAGCAUGUUCACUCAGCUCAGGUCCAUAAGAGCGUCAGCUGGAGUCUGGACGCAGCUGUGGAGCGACUGCUCUUUCGGAAAAGACACACAGACAAUCUCCUGCUGGUCAGCGGCCUGAGGUUGCUGCAGGCUCUACUUGACGUUAACCUGGUAUCAGCAGUCGUAUGUGUGAGCACUGGUUCUGAUUUGGUUGAGCCCCCGGGGGUCCAAGACGGAGCGUUGUUCCCGCUCAGCUCCAGGGGGGUCCAGUGCCUCUCAACUGCUCUCACUGGACUUCUAUUGCAGAAGCACGAGCUGUUGCUGAGAGCUGCUGUCAACUGUCUAAGCUCCUUGCUGGGCUUCCUUCAGAGGAAGAGGGAUACUUCAGGGAAACAUGCGGUGUGCCAGCCAUGGACUCGAUUCCUCCUCUACUGCCUGCUCAACUCAGGAGACGGCUGCCUGCUGCACCCUGCCAUCCUCAGACUCAUCACACUGCUCCUGCAGCACAGCAGCACGUCAGUCCUGUGGGAGCCUGACCUGCUUCAGGUGAUGGAGGCAGCGGAGAGGACGGGGGUGAAGGAGCUCAGCCGAGAAGCAGCACAGGCCCUGAGGCUCCUCCUCACACAGGUCCAGAGCAGCGUCCUGCAGCCGCCACCGACAGAGGAGCACAAGCAGAGAGUGAGGAAUAUGAUGGAGGCCCUCAGCGUCCAGACACCAGCCAAGAGCUGCUCUCCCAGUCUGCCCAGCAACGUCCUACACGCUGGAGAUGUGUUUGUCUGCCUGUCGGAUUUCACUCUGACAACCGGCUGAUGUUCCCGGGAACCUAAACAUGGAGUUUAUAAAUGAUGAGUUUAACAGUUCUUUUUACUUAAUUUAUUGUUAAGUUUCUUUGAUCCUUGCAGUCCUUGAGGCUUCUCGUGUUUCUCUGUUCUCAUCUUAAAGCAGCAGGUUCUUAACUGUAGUGCCACAGUGAAAGAAUCCACAAACUUGAAUUGUUUUCUCUGAAGUACUUUGAAUUUACAGGUGGUGUUAAAGACGAGUUGUUCAUCUCUGAGCUUUUGUGAUCUUGAUUUCUGAUUUAAAAUCCAUUUGUGCCUUUGUUGUAGGCCGACCUCAAUGUUAUGAUCCUUCUUCUAUGUUCGACCAUUCAUUUCACCGAACCAGACGAUCUCUACGUUUUCCUUCCCCACCUGAAGGACACGAUCUUCAUAAAGAUGUUGCUUCGUUUAGAACUUUACAGCUGCGUAGUCUCAGCAGCGGUCAAGGUCAAACCUGUCGUUACUGUAUUAAUGUAUGAUCGGGAUGAGCGAGUCACGUUAAUGGAUUCUGUUAAGUGGCCUUUCUGGCAAAUUGAAAUAAAAAAGCUGUCAAAUUAAAAUACUGCUUGUUUUUCUGCUUAGUCCCUCGAGUCCCCGGGGGCUGUGAGCAGGUGACACGUUUGAAUCCCUGUGACUCAUGAGACACAUGAAGUGAAAUAACAGCAAAAGAAGUAAUUGACUUGGUAAUUACAGUUGUUGGCUUCUGGCUUCACCCCAUAUGCCAAUCCCUGUGCGCAGGGGGAAGGUUUGAUCCCAGUGAGGGUUGGGGGUUGUACUCCAGACUCUGGCCGUUGACACAAGUUUUUAUCCGGCUCUGCCUCCGGUGCUGGAAACUUGACACCCAAGAGGAUGUGUUAAUUUGCACAAAACAUUUGUGCCAGAUAAAUUUGGUGCAAGAGGUAUUAGAUGAGCUUCAAUUUACCUGGCAGCUUUCAAUGAAAGAAAACAAAGGGAGUUAAUUUGUGCUCAAGUGAACCAUUUAUUUUUCAAGUACUCCUGGGCAAUAAAACAAUAUCAAUAAUAACACCAAAGUGUUUUCUUGUUUAGCAAGCAUUUGUCAUUCUCUGCCCAAAAAAAGAAGAGUUUAGAAGCACGACCUUCACUCAGGAGCUUAUAAAAAAACAGUAUUUAAAUGUAAAAGAAAUAAUAAUGUGACAUCUAUUAUCUCGGUCGAGACAGAGGUCGCCCACACUGAGUCUAGUUCUACAGGUUUCUUCCAGGUAAUGAGGAGUUUUUUCUCUGUUUGGUUCCUCGCUAUACAUUUAAAGUCUUGACCUUAUUAUAUUAGGUAUAUCAGCAAGACCGAACAACCAGCUCUGCUCCCAGUUAAACUACAUGCACCCUUUAUGGACAUUUACUCUCUUAAUUGAGCUAUAUUCACCUGUCCAGGCAAUAACAAUGAUUCAUGUCCAUUAACUGUACAUGUCUUUAAACUGUAUAUAUUAGUUUAAAUUGGAUUUAAAUAUUUUUCUAUAUUUUCUUAUAUUCCUUACACUGCAAGUAUUGCAUGUCACUUAUUAUUAUUACAUAUUUUUUACUCUUGCUGCUGUAAUACUUUGACAAUUCUUCCCAUUGUGGGACUAAUAGAGAAUUAUCUUAUCUUAUCUUAUCUUAAUAUUUAACUGAAUCGAAUAGCUUUUAUUUUAUAAUUUCUUUUUACCAACAUUUGUUAUGAAGAACUUUGUAACUUUGUUCAGAAAAGUGCUACACAGAUAAAGUUAUUCUUAUCAUUGUGAUUAUUAUGAUGAUUAUUAUUGUGAGGAUUCUUAUUCUUGAUGAUAUUUCCCAGCCCCAGGUCUGAGGUGGUGAUUCAGCCUCAAAGCUCACGUGC